AUGCCUUACAUCUCAAACUCUCCGGCAUUGAUACCCUAUCUCAUUCAAUAUCAAGCGCAAAACUAUCUUACAGUAUCGCUUCUCACAGUGGUGGUCUAUGAUUACAUUCUCAACCUGGACCAAGAGCAAUAUAAGAAAUCUGUACUCACGUACUGUUAUAUCUUUCUUCGCUAUAUUGGCCUCCUACCUCCAGUUAUCGUCAUUGUCAGUGACUUUCCUGUCAAUCUAUCAGACAAAUUGUAUGUCAAAACUCCACUAAUAUCUAUUCAAAUCUCACGAGUAGAAGGUACAAUUCUGGACGUGUUGAACAACAAUGCUCUCCCUGGCGUUUUGCUCAUCCUCAUCCAAGGUGGCACUAAUAACUUCGGGCGAAACGUAGUAAAAACAGCUAAAUCAUAG